AUGGUGACGAAGGCCAUCAUUGCUGUUGCUAGCCUGUUUAGCAAUACUGUGAAGGUUAGCCUUAACAAUGUGAACAUUCAGGAGGGGUUGUCCCCAUGUCAUCUGAAGAAAGCCAAACUCAUGUUCUUCUACACGCGCUACCCCAGCUCCAACACACUGAAGACCUACUUCCCUGAUGUUAAGUUCAGUCGCUGUGUGACCUCACAGAUGAUCAAGUGGUUCAGUAACUUCAGAGAAUUCUUCUACAUUCAGAUGGAGCGCUUUGCCCGGCAGGCUGUACAAGAGGCGCUAACACAGAAUGUGACACAAGUGAGCAGAGACAGGAGACUCCAGGUUGGACAAGACACAGAGCUGUAUCGCAUUUUAAACAUGCACUACAAUAAAAGUAAUGUAUACCAGGGUCGAUUUGCUGGUCUGUGUGUGCUCUAUGGACUUGUUUCCUACAACAAAACUUCUGAAUCCAUUGGAGUCCAAUACUCCAGUCCUCCUUCUUUGUGUUACUUUGUAUCUUCCAUAUCAGUCAUAAUGGCAAUAGUGUGCUUCUCCCUCUCCCUGCACUGCCUCUACUCAUUCUACACUGAAGGGAACAUGAAAAGGGAACGUUUGUGGAUGACCUUCGAUGCCUCUGUUUGCGCAGGGUUCCUCUUUUUCCUCCUCAUAACAGGCUGUGUGUUGAAAAAUGGGAGCCUCACACUUUGUAACUCUGUCACGCAAGCAGUGCCUAAUAUAACCAGUUGUGAAGAAGCGCAGUCAAAAGCAUGGACUGCCCCCUUCAAAGGAUACCUGUUCUACAGUAGUCUUCAAAAAGCUGAGACAACUGUGUGGGUGAGCUUAUUCUUAUGGCUGAUGAUCGGAGGUCUAGGAUUGGCACAGAGGCGAUACAGUUUGAGUUCAAAGAGUUUACCCUGUGCCUUUGGGCUGUCUGCUGGGAGAAUAUUAGCCGAUCCUGGGGUGACUGCAGCCGAGACAGAGCCUUUUUUCAACUGCCCGGUUCAGCAACAAUGAG